UUAGAUUUAGACUUCUUUUGGCCAACCUAAUUCACUUUAGCUGAAUCUUUUUAUUUUACUUUGGCCAACGGAUUCUAAGGCAAGUCACAACCUAUGGGCUGCCAUGCUUUACGCGACAUGUCGUUUAGUAUGCCGCAUAAAAGUCCGGGAAAUCUCACCCUGACGCAAAAGCAUUCAGGCAACAGAUCAUCCAUCAGAUGGCUAGAGAUAGCUGCCUCGCUCGCGUCACUACCGGAGCCGCCCUUGGCGGUGCUAUCGGCGGCGCCGUCGGUGCCGUCUAUGGAACAUAUGAGGCCGUUAGGUAUAAGAUCCAAGAAUAGGUUUCAAUCAAUAAAUUUUAAAGACUAUUCUGCUGAGAUGAGGUGCUGGAUAUGUUGGUCAUAAGGUGUGUUAAUGUUAUUAAUGCAGUUGCGUUUACUACUGAUGUCAUUUUACCUUAAUAUGGUAAUUUGUAAAUGGAUAGGAGGGCAGUACCAGUUCCAUAUAUUGCUUUAAAGUGGGGCCGUGUUAACUGCUGAGUGGAAUGUGGUGCUGUACUAUAAUUAGCCUGUGGGAGCCAUUUAUUUCACUGCUUGUCCAGGCAGCAAUUCUAAACCUCUGUUUGGCCAUCAGUUUAGCAGUGGUGCUCCGCUGAAAUGUGUAUUUUACUUUUGAAGUGUCUUAGAUAUGUAUAUGAUCUUGAAACU